AUGGGAAAGACCUACCUGAGGAGAGCAUCUUGGGUGGAGGCCGAGCGCUGGUCACGGACUUUCAAAUCCUACGCAGGAACGCCUGUCACCGACCGGAGUCCGCCUCAUGUUGCCGUCUUGAACUCAUCUGCAAUGGUCGCAAACAAGCGCUACGAUCUUCGCACCUCCACACAAGGAGGUGCUCGAACCCAUCACCAUCUUAAGGUCCAUACGACGCGUCCUUCAAAGGCUUGGUUUGAUUUGUUCAUCCCUUGGCUGAGUGAAACUGCUGCCCAAUUCGUGAAGGAAAAAUUACUGACAGGCAUCAUGAAGAAGAUCAAGAAACGCAUAUUGACUUGGCUAUGUAUUAGCAGUGAAUAUGGAACAGAAGGCCAAUGUACUCCGCCCGGCAGAGCUGAUCUGAUGAGGAUCUCUCGACUUGUUCGCCGGGCGGGCUUUGACAACACGGCCAACACCCUGCGCUGGAUCAUCCUCUACCCUCACAUGGCCAGUUUUCCCGAAGUGCAGCGCCGCGUCCACAGCAGGAUCGACGGAGGUUUUCCGCGCGACUUUGCCCUCAUCCAGCACAAGAGUCGGCUGCCAUUACUCGAAGCGACGAUCCAGGAGGUUCUUCGUGCGUCGUCCAUGAUUCACACGAGUCCAACGCGCAGCUCAACUUGA